GACAGAACAACAAGAAGGCUGUUUGUUCAGUUACUGCUAUUUGUGAACGUAGACAAAUACACGGACGCCUGAGGAGCGCUGUGUUUCCUGAAGAACGUGUCUUCCCCUACUCUUGUCCUUGGUUUUGCCAUCACGAUCGAAACAAACACUACACCGGAGGACAAACGUGUGAACAACAUUAAGGCCCAUAUCGCGCCUGGAGUCACUGCAAACCUCGAGCAUCCUAAGAACAAUAAUGAAACGAAGGAUUCUUCUACGCUUCCUACUGGCAGUGACGUCACUGAACAUCAUACAAGCACAGCAGUCCUCACUGGAAAGCGUGCUGAGGUUAAUCCGUGAGGGCCUUCAGAACCCUGAAGGAGUGCCUUAUGACACUAGAGUCUUCAAAAAAGAGUAUGAUUUCAUCGUCAUUGGGGCCGGUUCCGGUGGCUCUGUUGUGGCCAACAGGCUGACGGAAGUACCUGGGUGGUCUGUUCUGUUACUGGAGGCGGGUGCAGAUGAGAACUUUGUAUCAGAAAUUCCAUUGAUGGCGAGUUAUGCGCAGUUUGUGGGGUUCAACUGGGGUUACAGAACCGAACCCAAUAAGAACUACUGCAGAGGAAUGGAGGGGAAACGGUGUAGAUGGCCCCGUGGAAAGGUGAUGGGAGGAACCAGCGUAAUUAAUUAUAUGGUGUACACCAGAGGUAACCGACGUGACUAUGAUCUUUGGGAGGAACUUGGGAACACAGGCUGGGGGUAUGAGAAUGUUCUCCCGUAUUUCUUGAAAUCUGAAGAUAUUGGUAUCCCAGAGCUGAUCAAUUCGCCGUACCACUCUUCCGGAGGAUACCUAAAUGUCCAGGAAGCCCCGUGGAAGACACCACUGUCCCCAGCGUUUCUGAAAGCAGGUCAAGAAUUGGGUUACGAAGUGAGAGACCCAAGUUCAGAGUCUCAGCUCGGUUUCUCCUAUGUCCAUGCCACCAUCAGAAAUGGUAUGAGAUGCAGCGCGUCCAAAGCCUUUCUUCGGCCAAUUAGAAACCGGCCUAACCUUCAUAUCGCAAAACAGGCCAGAGUUACAAAGGUUCUAAUAGAUUCCAAAACAAAUAAAACAUUUGGUGUUGAAUUCGUUAAGAACAGACGUACAUAUAUAGUGCGAGCACGGAAGGAAGUGAUUCUGUCGGCAGGCGUAUUCAACUCGGCCCAGCUUCUCAUGUUAUCUGGUGUGGGUCCUCGUCAGCAUCUUGAAGAACUGGGGAUCCCUGUUAUCAGUGACUUGAAAGUCGGUUAUAAUCUUCAGGACCAUGUUUCUAUGGCUGCUCUUGCGUUUAUUAUCAAUGAUACCAUCAGCCUCAUUGAGGGACGACUUAUACUCAACCUUUCUUCUGGCCUUGACUAUAUUAUUAACAGAAAUGGUCCUCUAACAUUGCCUGGAGGUGCUGAAGGUAUAGCAUUCGUCCAAACUAAAUUUAGCAAUGGUAGCAGGCCUGAGGAUCCGGACUACGAUUGGCCAGACCUGGAGAUUGUGUUUGGGCCGGGAGCUCUCACAGGUGACACUGCUGGCAGUCUGAGAAGAGGACUGGGCAUCACGGAAAAGCUGUACAGUCAAGUAUUUGGACCCGUGGCUGGGCGGGAUGCUUACUCGCUGGUGCCAAUUCUUCUGAGGCCACGAAGUCGUGGAAGAGUGAAACUUCGUUCAAAGGACCCGUUCCACCCCCCUUUACUCUAUGCUAAUUACUUCGAUGAUGAUUAUGAUCUUCACAUAUUGGUGGAAGGGGUCAAAUACGCAAUUGCUCUGAGCCAGACAAAGGCAUUACAGAAGUUCGACAGCAAACUUCACAGCAUCCCAUUUCCGGGGUGUGAACACCUGACGUUCGGGUCAGACGAGUACUGGAUGUGCGCAGCGCGGACCGUCACCACAACCCUGCAACACCAGGUGGGGACCUGCAAGAUGGGUCCCGACUCAGAUCCUGACGCCGUUGUGGACCCAGAGCUUCGGGUAAGAGGGAUUGAAGGCCUUCGAGUUGUGGACGCUUCCAUCAUGCCCGUGAUCCCUGUCAGCCACACGAUGGCUCCUGUUUACAUGAUCGGCGAGAAAGCGGCGGACAUGAUCAAACUGAAGUGGAGGAAAGCUACGUAAGGCUACAAGGCCUGUGAGUACAUUCAGUAAGGUGUACAGUGGUUAUUGCCUGGAGACUUGGAGAGCCAUGAAUUAUCAUGAGAUGCUUCUUGAGAAUCUGAUGAUCUCCAAAGGUUUGUGAGAAAGAAAAUUUAUUAAUUAUAAAAUUAUAUUAAAUUUUCUCCAAUUUUUUUAUACGACGUUUCGGAAGCUUUAUCACCUUCCAUCAUUCUCCCAAUUAUGCUAUUUAACGGUGACAGAAUAUGUACUCUGCCUAGAACUUCAUGAAUUGUCCAUUGUUCGAGACACACACUAUCUAACGAACGUAAGUGAACAGAAAAUUUCCCUUUCUGAUGCCUGAUGACGAAACAGAUUCAUUUCUAUAGUGGUUAUUAAAAUAUAACUAAGAAAAUGGAUAAGGCCCAAUAUAAUUUUCCAAUUAAUAAAGAUCUGACAACAUACAGAAGAAUUCAGGGAUGGAACAUUAAUGAAAUAUCAAAUAUUACAAGAAGAAAUUAAUAAAGCUAAGGCCACUACUUCACUUUCUUGCAGUAGUGGCAACUAAACGGCAAAGAAAAAUACGUCAACGGUCUGCAGAGGUAGAGCGAAGCUGUACGAAGGUGAAUAGCGCUAGCAUUAGAGAAAUAAGACAAGAAUUACAAAAUUAUCUAAAUAAAAUAAAGUACAAAAUAAAAAAACGAAGAAAAACAAAGAAUGGAUGACAAUAUACUAUUAAAAAUGCAUAAAACAUAGACUCAAAGGAUAAAGGAACUCAUGAAAUUGUAAGAAAAGAUGGACUGACCGAGGAAGCAGGAACAGAUAACGCAGAUAAUACUGCCAUUUUCAUGGAGUGCAAAGAAGAAAACGGUAAACGUCUGAAUUAUUUGUGUAAUAAACUCACAGAGAGUUUUGUAGUAUCUUGUUGGCUUUAGACUUGAUCAGCCUGUCACAAUCAAAAUAAGACCGAAUCGCUCCAAAGUCUAAUUACAUCGACUGGAGGAACAGUGACCCGUGCAAAAUAGGUGCAAGUCAGCAAUGUCUCAUUCAGAUUUAGUAAUCUCGCCAAGACUAACCAGGGCUAGUUCAGAAAGUGAGGUUAUCUUUAGUAGCAGAGUGGAAAAUUGUCUUGGACAAGCCACUGAACCGAUAAAAAUUGGGACCCUCUCUAGUCACAUCCACAGAUUAUCAUUAGAGCAAUGUAAUUUGUCUUGACGAGAGGACUGCACCUCUUCAAACAGUAACCACGCCCCUGGUGAAACUGUACUGUACUGUAGUGCAUUAACAUUUUCAUCGUAUCAGCAGAGGGCGCUGUAUCAAGCUGCAACGCUUCUAACUUAUAUCCGGGAGGAACUCUAUUCAGUCCCAGCUGGGACACAAACUCUCCUCGCUGAGGGCUUUCAUGGGUUUCCCGAACCCUCCCAGACAAACAUGGGAAUAGUUUCUUAAGCCAGGCUUCCUUUCACAUCGUUUCCAGUGCACUAUUAAUUCCAUCUAUCAGUAAUCUGUCAGACGACAGGUCCACAGUCU